AUGGUGGAGCCUGCAACCAACGCCUUCCCAAGCCAACCUGUUCUGGGGAGGCUGAAGAGAAAUAUGAUACCUGAGGCUUUGGAAAGGAAGAAAAGAGUCCCCGUGGCCAAGGGCAGGCACAGAGCUGGAGGAGGGGCCGCACUGCCUGUGAGGAUGACCAGCUGCAUCUUCAAGAGGCCAGUGACAAGAAUCACUGCCCACCCUGGCAACGAGGUCAGGCACAGACAUGGGGAGGAGAACUUGGAGAAGCCCCAGCAGCUCUGUGCACUGAGGAGACUGCAGGGCCUCCAGGUGCACAGCAGUGAAGGACAGCUUUUAACUGCACUAGACUUUGAAAGUGCCUCAAAGAUUAUUUCCUUGGGAAUUCAGGGUAAAUCCCCGGGCCAAGCUGGUGCUGAGGAUCUGCGGACUUGCCCAGAGCCCAGCCCUGGCCAGGUUCCAUAUCAGAGAGAGACAAUCCCAGGAGGUCUUCCUCCAUCUUUCUACCACCAAGAGGUGACAUCUGCAGACAUCCGAAGACAGAUGAGGAAGGUGAAGCAAGCCAGGAAGAGGCUGGCUGAGGCUGUGAAGGCAGACAGCCUGGCCAGAGAGGCAGAGAGAAGGAACAGCCAAGAUGAGUGGUCCUAA